AUGGUCAAAGCCGUCGCCGUCCUCCGUGGAGACUCGAACGUCAAGGGAACCGUCACCUUUGAGCAGGCCGACGAGUCUGCUCCUACUACCAUCUCAUGGAACAUCACUGGCCACGACGCCAACGCUGAGCGUGGCAUGCACGUUCACGCUUUCGGCGAUAACACAAACGGUUGCACGUCUGCUGGCCCUCACUUCAACCCCCACAACAAGACGCACGGCGCGCCCGAAGACGACGAGCGCCACGUCGGUGACUUGGGUAACUUCAAGACCGACGGCCAGGGUAACGCUCAGGGCAGCACCACGGACAAGCUGAUCAAGUUGAUUGGCGCCGAGAGCGUCGUUGGUCGCACCAUUGUCGUUCACGCUGGAACUGACGACCUUGGCAAGGGCGGACACGAGGAGUCCAAGAAGACUGGUAACGCUGGUCCUCGCCCUGCUUGCGGCGUUAUUGGUAUCUCCAACUAG